AUGGGUAGUGGUGAGAACAGGGCACGAGCCUGUGACACAUGCCAGUCAACCGCCUGCACCGUGUACUGCCAUGCUGAUUCUGCCUACUUGUGCACGAGCUGUGAUGCUCAAGUUCACUCUGCCAAUCGUGUUGCCUCCCGCCAUAAACGGGUUCGGGUCUGCGAGUCAUGUGAGCGUGCCCCAGUUGUUUUUCUUUGUGAGGCAGAUGAUGCAUCUCUAUGCACAGCCUGUGAUUUAGAAGUUCAUUCUGCAAACCCGCUUGCUAGACGCCAUCAGCGAGUUCCAAUUCUGCCAAUAUCUGGAAACUCUUACAGCUCCAUAGCCACUCACCACAAAAGCGAGACAACAAUGACCGAACCAGAGAACAGACUGGUGGUAGGUCAAGAAGAAGGUAAUGAAGAUGUCAAAGAGGCGGCUACGUGGUUGUUCCCUAACUCAGAUAAAAAUAGUGGCAAUCACAACAACAAUAACCAGGACAAUGGGUUAUUGUUUAGUGAUGAGUAUCUAGACCUUGUGGAUUACGACUACAAAUUCACAGGUCAAUACAAUCAAAAUCAACAAGAUUGCGGCGUACCACAGAUAAGCUACGGGGGAGAUAGAGUUGUUCCGCUUCAACUUAAAGAAUCAAGGGGCUACCUGCGCCACAAGCCACAGAAUAUUCAGUCAGGUCUCACAUAUGGCUCCUCAGGAAGUCACUGCAACUACAAUAAUCCCAUAAAACAUAACGCAUACAUUUCAUCCAUGGAAACGGGCGUUGUGCCAGAGUCAACAACACAUGACACAACAGCUUCACACCCAAAAAUGCACAAAGGAACGGUAGACCAACUACCUGACCCACCAAUUCAGAUGAUAACCCAACUCCCUCCAAUGGACAGAAAAGCCAGAGUCCUGAGAUACAGAGAGAAGAAGAAGACAAGGAAAUUUGAGAAGACAAUAAGGUAUGCUUCAAGGAAGGCAUAUGCAGAGAGAAGACCGCGGAUCAAUGGCCGGUUUGCAAAGAGGAUAGAGAUCGAAGCCGAUGACCAAGGGUUCAACACAAUGCUAAUGUACGACACAGGAUAUGGCAUUGUUCCUUCAUUCUGA